AGAAUUUGUCCUUCAGCAGACCCGUUGGACGGGAUAGGACUGUUUUUGUGUGUGUGCUCGUACUUGCCUUCAUUCCUCCACGGGAACUUUCUUAAGUGUGCAUGAGAGUUGUGUGAGAAGUUUUACUACAGUGGUUUUCAUUUUUAAUGGUCGAUAUGUUGGGGCAACAAUUAACAUGAGAGGCUAAACUGACUGACUGGUCGUGCGUACUUCGGAAGGACCUCAAAAUACGAUGGCUCAGCAGACGAUGGACUUAAAGGCCUUGAGGGCGAAAUUCCAAGAGGCUGACGUCCUGUUGAGGGAAGCCGGAAAAAAACCCACCGUUCCAGAGAAACCCAAGACAGUCCCUCCUCCCACCAGCCCCAGGCACUACCUCCCGGCAGGGGCCCGCCCUUCCCUGCUAACCUCCAUCAACCAGACCCUGGAGGGAAGGACCAUCAUGGCCCCCAGGGUGGUCUUUAAGGAUGAGAAGAAGGAAAGCAAGAAACCUCUCAUCAAGAAAACCUCGAUGGACAAGAACGACGUGAGGCUUCAGAUCGGCAAAGAAAAACUGACCAAAGGAAGAAAGGAGCCGCUGGAUGAGAAUUCACUGUAUCACAAGCUGAAGAAAGACGGCGCUAAAGACAAGAAGCCUCAGCUGGUGACCACCGGGCAUCUGGUGUCAGAACAGGCUCCCUCUCACGUUCUUAACUCUAAUAAGAUGCAAGAUUGUCUGGCUUUUAAAUGGCCUCCAAAAAGUAAUCUGGACGAGGUUCCAUCCGAUCCCAUAUUGGACACGCCCACAAUGGACAGUCCUGUACUCGCUGCGCUCAUCCCGACACCUCCUGAGUUUGACGACGUAAAACCAGAGACGCAAUUGAUUUCGCCAAACUCUUUAUCCUCACCCAAUUCGGAUGUCGCAAUGUCCUUCUCUCCUGGCUUCACCCCGCGCCCCUCCUUCAUUCCUGAUAUUCCAGCUCCUUAUCUCCCAUCUCCAGAUCAUGAAAUGCCACUGGAGAUGAAAACCCCACCCCUUCCCAUUUCCAUACUUAACCAUCAAGGUAAAAUUAGCCGAGUGCAACCCCCUCAACCCGUCUACCACACAAUCUCCAUCCCACCAACUCAAGCCUCCUCCCUUAUGCCGUCCUCUCCUGAGCCUGCACAUGGCGCUCCGGGCGGUGUAGGAGCUAUAAGUAUCGAAGCAAUGCUGAAGUCCCGGCCCCCGACCCCGCUCGAAGAUCCCCUGUCGUCUCUCGCAGGUUCAGUUUCAGCUCUCUCAGUCUUAGAGAGGGCCGAAGACAUGAGCCAAGUGAGGAGGUCCAACGCGGGCGACCACAGAAUACUCAGUGCUCUACAGAAGGCCUCCAGGAAGCUCAACACCGACUCUCAGACAAACAGUUCCGUUUCCAGUACGCCGCCUCCCGAGGAUCUCCACCUACCUCAAAGCCCCAACUUUUCGCUGACAGACCUCCCACCCAUCGACCUCGACUCUCAGGCCACACAGCACAACAGUCUCAAUCGUGGGCAAGCCUCUGCGACGUUGGACGUACCGGAGCUGUUGGAUGUUUUGCCUCCUCAGCCCAGGAAUGUCCCCUUGGACCAGGCUUCUCUAGAGGUUCCUCCAAAGAAGCCUGCCAAACCAGUCAUCAAAACCCCCAACUUCGACCCUCCGCCUCCGCCAAUAAAGUACAACACGAUCCCAGUGCCUUCCAAAUUGCCAGAGAUGCCCUCCAACAAUGAGCCAAAGUUUGGGGGUGGGACUGCUGAUGCAGUUUCUCAAGGAUUGGUGGUGUCCCAAUCGGCCAAUGGGGAGUACAGCGGUCCAGAUAUUCCAGACGGAAAGAACCUUCCACCGUUAGAUAACAACGGUAUCAUGCUAACGGGCCCCAAAGGACUGCCGACGUUUAACAGCAAAUUACAGGACCAGCCGCCAUCGUAUCAGGCAGACUCCUCCUUCCCUACCUCGCUGGACGGUCAAGCAAUGGCAGUAAAUCAAGCUCACAGCAACAACUACCAUAAUGACGUUUACUCACCUAAUAGGAAAGCAAAGACUGAUACGGGAAGGAAAAAGAAAGGACCUCCAAAGAAUCCAUACGCCGAAGCCACUCGGGAAUCUAAUGAAGGCAAUAACAAGACAGGGUGGUUUGGAAAAGGCGACAAGAAGUCCACGUUGGUGGCAGAGGGGCCCGACAGCAAGGAGCUGAAGAAGCGAGAGAAGCAGCGGUUGGAAAAGGAGAAGAGGGAACUGAAGGAAAAGCAAGAGCGGGAGAAGAAAGAGCAGAAGGAGCGGGAGAAGCGCGAGAAUGAGAUCAAGAAGAAAUUCAAGAUCACAGGUUACGAGGAAGCCAUGUACCGGGCAACGGUUACCGUGACAACCAAAGGACGCAAGGACGACCUGCCCGUCCAGAGCGGCGACAACAUCAGCAUCAUUCGCACCACUAACUGCCCAAAAGGAAAAUGGUUGGCCAGGGACUUCGCAAACAACUACGGGUAUGUAGCGGUGGACCACGUGGAGCUGGACAUCAAGGAGAUGCUGGAGCUAGGGAAGAAAGCAUCCAGCAUUCAUAUGAGCAGCCCAGUGGAAACGGACAUCGCCAUGCCGGGAAGUAGGACUUCAAACCACUACCCGCUAUCAGCCGAGAGCUUCUCAGAUGACAGUGAGGAAUGGACCGCCGAUGACGAGGAAGCGCUCUCCUCCCCGACGUACCCACAGGCGCCCCUCUCCACCAGUCUGAGCCACAACCACGCAGUCUCCAUGCCAGACAUAGCACACGCAGACCUCAACCUUAACCACCAGCACAGGCGCAAUGACGUCCACGCAGGCGGCACCAAUGUCCAAGCCAAGAAUGAAGCGCUUCAAAAGUUGGCUACAUUUUUCCAAUCAUCCAAUUCAUUACAGCCAACGGCCAGCACCAGCAAUGAACAAGAAACAAGGCCUGUGCUUGGCAGCCAGCAUGUCGUUCACCAGCCUCAGGCAAUGGAUUUCGAACAUCCCGAUUUGCUCAUUUUACCUCCUCCAGAGCUCUACGCUGACAAGAGCAAGUAGAAGAAGAAG